AUGGCAAACAGGAGGCGAAGGAAUACCGCUGGGGCUGAUGAGAUUGCUAACGCAAUCCACAGGAUGGUGGAUGCCAUGCAACCUGUAGUAGCACCACCAAGAGCCAUGAUUCCGCCUGUGAGGCCUAUGACCAUGGAAGAUUUCAUGCGUCAUAAGCCGGCGAAAUUCACUAGGAAGGCCACCCCAGAUGAGACUGAUGCCUGGCUCCGAGAGUGCGAGAAGAUAUUCAGGGUGAUAGAGUGCACGGAGGCCCAAAAGCUUAACUUCGCCACAUUUUUGCUGGUGACCGAGGCUGAGUAUUGGUGGAUGAGCAUGCAACAACAGAUGCUAAACAGAGCGGAAGAGGUGACAUGGACCAGCUUCAGGACAAGGUUCCUGGAGAAAUACUUCCCCGACAGCGCUAAACAUGAGCAUGAGGCAGAGUUUUUCACCCUACAGCAGGGAAAUUUGUCAGUGCAGGACUAUGUGGAGAGGUUUGAGUACCUCUCAAGGUUCUAUUCCCAGACGGUGACGGAAGAAUGGCGCUGUAGGAAGUUUGAGGGCGGCCUCAAACAUGAGCUGAGGCGUUUUAUCGUACCGUUGAGGGUGCGAGAGUUCCCGAUCUUGGUUGAGCAAGCCAAGAGCGUCGAGCAAUUGGAGAUGGGACCCAGCCGAGUCAACCGCACACAGAAGAAUAAUGUUGAGGGCAGACCACAGAAGAAGCCUUAUAAUAGACCAGUUGCAUCUUCACAGAAACUGAGAUGUUAUAACUGUGGAGGUGAACAUCUACGACAAGAUUGUACUAGACCCGCCAGCAGCGGAGGCAAUGGCAUGAGCACUCGUAAGUGUUAUGCCUAUGACCAGCUAAGACACUUCGCCAACAAAUGUCCUAAUAGGAAGACUGCUCCAGCAUCACGACCUCAGCCAUCCUCAUCUGACAGGCCGAGAGUCGCAGGAGCUUCACACUCCUUCAUAUCCCAUGACUGUGUGGAGAGAUUAGGGUUGUCUACUCGUGACCUUGGAUGCGAGUUGAUAGUCUCGACACCGGCAUCUGGACAGGUUUCAACAAAUUUAGCCUGUGUUGGGUGCUUGAUGGAAGUAGAGGGCAGACGCUUCAAGUUGAAUCUAGUUUGUUUGCCCUUGGAGGGAUUGGAGGUCAUAUUGGGAAUGGAUUGGCUGUCUAUCAACCAUGUGGUACUUGAUUGUGGACGGCGCAAAAUUGUGUUUCCAGACACUGAGGGGAUAGAGUUGAUGACAUCGGGAGAGGCAGUGAAAGAGAUGAGGCAAGGAUCUACUUGCUUUGUGUUAGUAGCCCAAGAAAAGAAGAGGAGCACCGAGGAACAGAUCAGCAGAAUAUCGGUAGUGGAUGAAUACGCUGAUGUAUUCCCGGAUGAGAUACCUGAGUUACCACCCAGCCGGGAUAUAGAUUUCUCAAUUGAUCUAAUCCCUGGAGCGGGUCCAGUGUCGGUAGCGCCGUACAGAAUGGCACCAGCUGAACUAGCAGAGUUGAAGAAUCAGAUAGAAGACCUGUUAGAGAAGAAAUUCAUCUGA